CAUCUGAUCCUCGAAUCGUUUUUCACGUACUAGUAUUUUAGUCACGCUACAAGGCGUCAAAAUGUUCCGUGUACCCGUAGCGUUGCUAUUGCUGGUACUGGUCAUCCCCAGACUGCCCGCUAUCCCCACUGGCCCCGCCUUGCUGCACCGAGUCCCUCGCGCCGCGCCCGGCACUCAGUCGGACUUGGAGGGCGAUACGGACGUUCUUGUGCAAGAUGUCGACCAGGUGAUUAACAAGGUGAACAAGGCGCUGGGUGAUACAGACGACUCUGCCGGGACUGAUUCAGACGACGCCGCGAAGGGUCUGUCAGUCAAGACCACCGAGGUCCGCAUCAGUCCCACACAAGACCAGAAAACCGACGAGGGUGAAGAGGCUAUACCAGGAAAUCCUGAUGAAGGUACAACCAACGGAGAGGAAGAAAAACCGGACGAAAAAUCUGCACAAGGCAUCAGCGAAGACGCCUUGCUGGGAGCAGUGAUCCAAGACGCCUUGGAAAACCCUGAACUCCUCAACUACUUCCUUAGCAAGGCGGGCGACGCCGAAGGCGUCUUGUUGGCCGUCAAGGAAGAAGAAAGCGUUCCUCCUGCGUUCUUGUUUCCUCAAAAAGCUCCCGUAGCCGACAAUUCUCCAGAAGUUGAAAUUGUUGAAGAGCCGCCCAAACCUGUCGCGGAUUCAAUCAAUCUCGAUGAUGAAAAGACGGAGGAAGUCCUAGAGGAACUGGAGGCAGAUCACGCGGCUCAGGAAUCCGCCGAUCUAGAUGAGGAAGAAGAAGAUUAUGAUGAUGAAGAAGAUCUAGAUGAAGAAGAAGAGAUGGAGGGGGCCGACGAAGAUGCUGAGCUCGACGCGUCUGUACUGGGACUGCUGGGUCCUCAAAAAUCUGUCGCAUUCUCUGAUGAAGACAUCGAAGAUGAUGAUGAUGAUGAUGAUGAUGAAGAUCUUCUUGGUGCAGAAGAUGAUGAUGAUGAUGAUGAUGAGAUUGAUGACGCCAUCGAUGAUGAUUCUGAAGACGACGAUGACGAGUACGUGGAUAGUGAUGACGUAAUGGAUGAUGGCGAGCUUCCUGAUGACGUGGAAGACGACUUGGAAUGA